CGAAAAACAUCGCGAACUUGUGGAUAAUGAUAAUCGUUGGAAGCUUUAUAGACUAUCAUUGAUUAGAAAUGAUUAGCGAAGCCAAUGCUUUUGAAUCACGCGCUUCUUUUGGUGAUCACGUUUCAAGCAGUUUCGACAACAGCUAAAAAGAUCACGUUCAAUAUAGUCCAAGAUAGCAAUGGAUACGUUGAUGAGUUCAUUCGGGCACUUGAAAUGGUUAUGGAUUCUCCUGAAGUACAGCAAGUGCCUUAUGAAGUCAGAAGGAUUGAUCCUCGUGUUCCGCUCACACAGCAAAUACAAGGUAUAUGUACAAUGGAGACUGAUUUCGAGAUCCUGUUGUCUGCCACAUCCUGUGACAUGCUGAAAUUGCUGGCACUGCAGAGCUCUUCCAUGGGGUUGUUACACUUCGUGGUCAACGUCGACCACUGUAAAGGAACUAAUAUAACUGCCUACUUGGACAGAAAACCGCGGUCGGAUGUCACUCAAGCGAUUGUUGAUGUAGUGCAGGUCAGGAAAAGGACAGAUAUUGCUAUUAUACAUGAUACUGAAUACGAAAGUCCAGUGACAAUAAAGACACUGCUGCGAGAGCUGACAGGACUGGGUGUCCGGUAUUCCUACCUGGUGUACGACGCCCAACCGGACAAGAUGGCUCGAAGGUUGGAAGCGAUUAACCGAGGAUCUAAAGAUCUCUCUACCAUCGUCCUGGCUGACUUUUCUGUCUUCAAGGCUGUACUUGAUGGGAUGCACGCGAAGAAGAGGCUGACUGCCGACGUGACAUACCUCAUCGUGAAUGACGGCUGGGAAGCCUCAAAUCCAGAAAUAGAGACCCCGCAGCGUGUCCACUAUAGCAUCGAUCUGCAGCUGUUACUGCUCAAAAGGACAAUAGGGGAAAGUUUCUCCAAAGCUCUCAAAAAUAUUACCAAUAACAUCCCGGAGGGAUCAAAGAAUGCAAAGUGGAAGGUACGUUUGGGACGCGAGGACAUGUUCGUCUCGGCAGUGGUGUGGGGCACCAUCAGAGCUGCGAAAAUGAUUUGGGACAGAGAAGCUGAAAUAUCCCAGGGCAAAUGCAUCUACGUGAACGGGAGCACUUCCUUUUCUUCGAUAGUCACGGAUUACAUGAAUAAUGAAUACAUUCUUUCUAAAAGCCUGAAUUUCGCUCUUAUGCGGAAUGUUCCCGAUUCUCCUAACACAGAAAUCUUCAAGAAAAUCGGAAGUUGGGAAUCGAAACGUAUGCCGAAAUUCGAUUACCUCUACCCAGACAUCGAAAAGCAUAUCAUAUUUCGAGACAGGGUUCUCAAAUUGGCAAUGCCCUUUAAUCCGCCCUACACAAUCCCUGCUGCGGGGGACGAGAAUACAGUGGACACUGGGGCAGCGGUUAAGCUCUUCGACUAUCUCAUGAAGCGUCUGAAAUUCAGAUAUGAAGCUCUGCGACCUGAUGAUAAUGAAUGGGGUGUGCUAUUGCCUGAUGGAACAUGGAGUGGCGCUGUUGGAAUGCUCCUGGACAGGACGGUGGAUUUAAUUCCAUUCUUGGGGAUCACAAGAGGCCGCAGCCGGGUUCUAGAAUUUUCGGAGCCCAUAAUGACCACCAGCACAGCCAUUCUGGUCCAGAAGCCGAGGGAACCACCUCGUACCCUCAUUUUCCUCAGACCCUUUUCUGCACCGGUGUGGGCUUGCAUCACUUUGACUAUUCCUGUCAUGGCAUUUGUAUUGUAUUACGUACACAGAAAAAGCUUCGAAUAUUCAACCGAGCGAAACACCUUGAUGAAAAGGAAAGGUGGCUUGUUCAAAUAUCGAAACUGUUUCUGGUACAUGUACGGUGCUAUUCUACAACAAGGUGGUAUUCAUCUGCCCGUGACUGUCAGUGCUCGGAUCGUGGUGUGUUUCUGGUGGCUGUUCGUUAUGGUCGUGAUGGCCACUUAUAGCGGAAACCUGAUCGCCUUCCUCACUUUCCCCGAGGCUGACUGGAAAGUGACCAGUCUGGAAGACAUGGCGCGGAAAGAGAAAGUGACCAUCCUCAUACAGGAAGGGACGAGCAUUCACCAAGAGAUAGAGGAAUCUCCCGUGGAAGCGUUGCAGCUGAUAAAGAAAAGGGUGGAGAGUGCGAAAAAUGCUUUCCUUAUCACCAACGCUUCGGAAGCUAUACCUGAAGUGAAAAGAGGAUCUGCAGUUUUUGUAGAAGAUUUGUACGUUCUAUCAGACCUCAUAAAAACUGAACAUAACAAAACUGGAAGAUGCGAUCUGGCUUUGGCGCCAAAGAGGGCUCUGGAGAUUUAUGUGGCGAUCGCAGCGAGGAAAGGAAGUCCGUACUUAAAAGAAAUUGAUAUCUUUUUAAGGCACCUUUGGCAUGGAGGUCUCAUGCAACAUUGGGCCAAACAGUUCGCUCAGCUGGAUUCUCACGAGUGUUACUUCAUUACAACGACCUUGAGAGGCGGACGAAAGGACGUGACCUUGAAUGACCUCUUCGGAGCCUUUAUGAUGCUCUUCUGUGGUCUCGGAAUUGCUCUCGUUGCUAUUUGUUCAGAAAAAUUAUGGAAGAGAUUGAAAAGAUUCGCCGGAAGUAGAAGCAGGAUCUUCAUGGGAAAGACAAACAUUUUCUUCAUUAGAAUGGUCGUAACAGAGCAGUCCAGGUGCAACAAAAGAAGAUGAAUUGUACA